CUGUAUUUGCACUUGUCCGUUUGGCUUUAGAGGGUGGAGAGUGGCUUUCUCUCUGUCGGCGUUUUCAUGUCUCUCUGAACUACUUUCUUUCUGUCGGCGUUUUCAUGUCUCUCUGAACUACUUUCACACUGUUUGUUGGGGAGCUGAGAUCAACGUUAUAUAAGGGAAGUUACUUCUCGCGUCACGGAAUGGAAGCGGUCCCGGUUAAGAAGCUCGCUGAGUUUAAACUCGACCUCGGUCCUCUUAAGGAGCCGCUCGGAUUUAUCAAAGUCUUGGAAUGGAUAUUUGCUGUGUUUGCAUUUGGCACAUGUGGUGGUUAUUCAGGAGUGAGCGAGGCUUCCAUUAAAUGUACGUCUGGCAAGGAUCAGCUGAUCACAAUCCAUUUUGGUUAUCCUUUCAGGUUAAACAGAAUUUCUUACGAAGUGCUCACCUGCAAUAAUGCUACCAGUUAUCAAACAUUUCAUCUGAAUGGAGACUUCUCCUCAUCUUCAGAAUUCUUUGUUACGAUUGGAGUGUUUGCAUUCAUGUACUGCAUGGCUGCUCUGUUGGUGUAUGUAGGAUACCAAAACUUCUACCAGCAGAAUAAGUAUCUGCCACUUGUUGAUUUUGUUGUGACUGCAUUAUUUGCAUUCUUGUGGCUGGUCUCAUCCUCUGCUUGGGCACAAGGUCUGUCUGACGUUAAGUACGCUUCAAAUCCGUCUGUUCUGAUCGGCAACGUGGAUACCUGCCAAAGGCAGGAUGUUGUCUGUACUCCAGCUGCUUUACCUUCCAUGGGUCGCCUCAAUGCCUCUGUGAUAUUUGGCUUCAUGAACUUCAUUUUGUGGUCGGGCAACAGCUGGUUUGCAUACAAGGAAACGUCCUGGCAUAAGCCGGGUAGCCCACAGGGUGAUGCCGAGCAAGGCAGCCAAGUGCAAUACUGAUUUAUAAUCCUCACCUUCCACUCCCUUCCACCUUUCCCUUCAAAUACAAACUUGUGCAAAUGCCCUGGGUUAGUGUCAGACCACGCAAACCUAACCACCCAACACAUUUGGAGAAGAAUAAUUGUUACACAGUCAAAAGAGGGCUGGGAGGAAGCUAUGACUACCUGACUCUGCACCACAAACCAUGCUGCAACCUAUUAUCUCCCCUACCUCAUUAACUAAAAACAAUUCAUGGACUCGAUGCCAUCUAUAGAGUACAUACAUUAUGUCGAUAUGGUGCCGAGUAAUUCAGCUUAUCGUGCCCAUUUUGUUCUACAUUCUGGGUUUUAAUUCUAUUUCCAAUGUUAAUUCCUGAGAAAGCUUUGGGACACGCCCAACAUCUUGGGGCCCAGCUGUUGCUCCCCAGUUGAGAGUUGGUUUAAUGUUUAAAACCAUGUUUAAUAUUUAACACUUUAUUCUAACAGUACACAUACCCUCCACCUUGAAAUCUUCCUGAUAUUUUUAUUUAGUGAUAUUAAAAAGAAAUGCCAUCCAUGCUUACUAGAUGUAAAUUGCAUGAGAAAGUCUCUGUAAUACAACCUCAGUAAUGCUGGAACUCUCUUAUUUUCAAGAACUCUUCCAAAUUUUGUUCUCUGCACACAGUUCUUGCUUGUAAGGAGUCGGAAUCUCAAUGUGUCGCUGAUGUUUUGACUGUUACAAAAUUGAACGUAGUCCUGAAUGCAGAAACAUUCUUUAGGAGUUUAUCACGUAGGGUGGUCAGGGCAAGUUGUUGGCUGGACAUUUUUAAAUAUAAUUUGUCGGCGGGGUUUGGUGUUUUCAUCCUUUUGAAUCGUUUAAAACUCAAGGCCCACUUCCUCAUUGGGACCCGUUCCUGACCUUCCCAGAUAAAGUUGCACAUUCUGAGAUUACACCUUUUCCUUUCUUCACCUUUUGAAUUAUUUUUGAUAUGAUUGGAUGCAGUGUUUCUCUCUAAUACCACUAUGCUAUCCCCCCACCCCCCAAUGCUUCACUCUUUCCCUGUCUUUAUAUCAACAUCAGGAAUGGCUAAAACAAGGCACUGAGGUUCAGUAAGACCCAAUCUGGAAUUGCGGAUUUCCCACACUGAACCAUCCCAUUUCCUACAACAGCCAGCUUCCUGGGGCAUAGUAAAGUGGUAUGUUCUGCGGGGGUUAGCUUGGCAGCUAAAAUAUAUUCUCGUGUUUUAGAAAGCUUUUUAAACCCUUUCGGCUGGGUAAAUAACUUGAAGUUUCAGAAAUGGUCUUUAUUGUGCUUGGUGCAAUCCAGUUACUGGCAGAAGGGAAGCUGGUGGGUGGUGAUGUGGAAGGGACGAGGGAGAGCAUUGGCUGGAAGAUGGUGACAUUUCUGCUUUCAUCUUUUCUAGCAGCAGUACUGCUGUGCUGAGCUUUUGGUUUCUGUGGGUCGUCACCACACCAAAUGAGGUUCUUGCUUGGAUAACUCGUACGAGAAAACUUUGGGGAUGCAGGGGGUGCUUAUAGUCUUGGGAAUAUCUGGUGGUACUUAGCACUGAUUUGGGGAAUGCAUGCAUGGGGGGGAAUGAAGGGUAAUUGGCAAAGCUGGAACUGGUGUUUGCUGGGAGGGCAUAGGUUGAAGGAGGGCUUGGGGGUGCUUUUCACACAUGUUUGAGUUAUUUUGCUGUUUCUUUCUGUAUUCACACCAACAUUCAUGUUUGUGAUCUUUAAGUGCCCAUUCUGCAAGAGGACCUGGUUUACAAAACAUUCUAAGAUUUUAGAAACUAAUCCAGUCUGAGAAGAGGGGCACUCCCUUGUAACAAGAGUUAGUGCCUUGUCAUGUUCCCACUGCUCACCCUGUGCACUCGGCUUCCUGUGAUGACUGCAAACUGGCAAUUUAGGAGGAAAAUACAGCCUUGAAAUUUUGUGAUUGAAAUAAAAUGUGUUGCCUCCCGGUAUGCUUCUGUCCUAGCUUGUUGAGGGAGGAGGGUGAAAAGGGGAAAACGUGAGGCUCCCAGGCCCACGCCAUAUUCAGGGUGACCCUGUCAAAAGCAGCCUGUGCUGCUCUCCCUCUUCCGCUGCUGAACAGCAAUGGCAGAUUAGCACUGUAGGUUUGACAACCAGUCCUGGAACAGAAGAGGAUGUCACUGUUUGGGAAAAGGCUGCGUACAAGGUAGAGCUGUAUGCUCUGGAAUUAGAAAACUCACCGAUAAUCUGAUCAAGUAUGUAAAUAGAACAUAAAACUUUUUAAAAAAAAAAUAUCAAAAGGACUAAAAUACAAAGGGUAGAAGUUUAUGACACUGCAAUUGGACCCAUUUACAU